UUUUCUGGUCUAUCUCUAUGUGCUCCUUGGACACACGCUGUAAUCCUAAUACGCUGGCAGUGGUGUGGGCUUAAACGAGGCAACAAAAUUAUUACCAGUGAAAAAUUCGAUAAACGGUGCGUUUAAGGAUUCCGUUCGUCUUCACAGCUUGCAGUAAGACCAAGGAAAACAGCGGCCAUCGGCGAUUUUUUUGAUCGGAGACGGAGCUGAAAGAAGCAAGAUGAUCAAAGCAGUGCUGGUGAUGAACACGCAGGGGAAGCCUCGUCUCGCCAAAUUCUACGAAUUUCAGACCGUGGAGCAGCAGCAGGAAGCCAUUCGCAAUGUGUUUUCAGUAUUAUGCAGUAGACCUGAACAUGUCAGCAAUUUUGUGGAUGCCGAGUCCUUCUUUGGCCCGGACUCUCGCCUUGUCUACAAGCAUUUUGCAACUUUAUAUUUCGUGUUCAUUUUUGAUAGUUCUGAAAACGAACUUGCUAUGCUUGAUUUGAUACAAGUCUUUGUUGAAACAUUGGACAAAUGCUUCAGAAAUGUAUGUGAGCUUGAUAUCGUGUUCAACUAUAGUAAGUUGCAUACUAUACUAGAUGAGAUCAUUCUCGGAGGCCAGGUGUUGGAGACAAGUUCAACUGAGGUGAUGAAAGCUAUUGAAGAAAUAGCAAGACUGGAAGCAGCAUCCAGUGCAAUCAAUCUUGUUCCAAAAUCUGUUUCUGGUUGGAGGUCCCGGUAAAAUAAUUUCAAUUAAACCUCCGGAAGGUUGGGUCUACACAUUGAGAGGGGCAGAAAGGUGAAAUGUAUCUAUGUUCUGGAAAGUUCGUUGGAUAUUGUUGUCUAGAACUCUGGAGUGAGUGCUACUAAUUGAUAUACGACUGACAUCCAGUAUCAUAAUUGAGUUUACCAUGGAAGCUACUGCCCAUUGAUCGGAUCGCUUAGGCAAUUGGUGUGUUUGUAUUUGUGAUUGAUUCCCUAAUCAUGUUGAUCAAAAUAACUAUUGUGUACAUCUUUAACUGUGCACUCAUUGUUCCCAGCUGAUCCCAAUUUCAGUUAAUCUGUUUGAUUUAAAUUACUUGA